AGGAAAAAGAGGCGGAGUCAAUACUCUAAAUAAAAAUGUAGUUAUGAAAAUAAGGAAGACUUUUACACUUCAAAUGCUGACAAUCAACAAUUAAGACUCGUCAAUUACACUGUGUGACCUCUGACGUUGUGUUUUCUGACGUCAGAGGUCUGCUGGAGGGAUCAGGUCUCUAUAUUUACCUCAGAUUAACCACACUCUUGUCUUCUUCACAAGCUCUUCACUCAGUCAACACCACUCCAUCAUGUCUUCUUCUUCCUCUUCACUCUGGAGAAACAACAGCUUGACGCCCACUGGAGGCCGAGACCCCCCUCUGUCUGACCAGGGUGAGACCAUCAUUGGCGUCUACCUACUGCUACUGGGCUGGUUGUCCUGGUUCGGGAACAGCAUCGUUCUGUUCGUGUUGUACCGCCAGAGGGCCUCGCUGCAGCCCACCGAUUACUUGACCUUUAACCUGGCCGUGUCCGACGCCAGCAUUUCUGUGUUCGGCUACUCUCGAGGCAUCAUCGAGAUUUUCAACGUCUUCCAGGACAGCGACUACCUGAUCUCAUCCAUCUGGACCUGCGAGGUGGACGGCUUCUUCACGCUGUUAUUUGGACUGGGCAGCAUCAACACGCUGACGGUUAUCAGCGUCACACGCUACGUAAAAGGAUGUCACCCUGGCCGAGCUCAUCACAUCCACAUGACCAGCGUGUCCGUCUGUCUGCUGAUGAUCUGGAUGGCGGCCGGCUUCUGGUCUGGAGCGCCACUGCUGGGCUGGGGAAGCUACACAGAUCGUGGCUAUGGAACAUGUGAGAUUGACUGGACCAAAGCCCUCUACUCUGCCGUGUACCGGGCCUACAUCAUCUGCAUCUUCAUCUUCUGCUUCUUCGUGCCUGUGCUCACCAUGCUCUUCUGCUACGUGUCCAUCAUCAACACAGUGAAGCGAGGAAACGCGCUUGCCUCUGAGGGCGACCUGACGGAUCGCCAGAGGAAGAUGGAGAGAGACGUCACCAUCGUGUCCAUCGUGAUCUGCACGGCCUUCAUCCUGGCAUGGUCUCCUUACGCUGUGGUGUCCAUGUGGUCCGCCUUUGGAUUCCACGUGCCAAACCUGACCAGCAUCUUCACUCGCCUUUUCGCCAAGUCAGCCAGCUUCUACAACCCGCUCAUCUACUUCGGCCUCAGCUCCAAGUUCCGUAAAGACGUGGGCGUCUUGCUGCCGUGCGCCCGGGACGCCAAAGACUCGGUCAAGCUGAGGCGCUUCAAGCCGAAGGGGGACGGUCAGGGCCGGGUCAAGGUUCCUCGCAGCGAGAGGAAGUACAACCUGGCUGGCCCUGCCCCCAAUGCCGACCCUGUGCUGAUGGGAAGUCCUCCCUGUGCGCCAGCGGCACCUGUCAACAGGGUGUUUUUCCUUGAGAGGCCGCAGCCCUCUGAGACCGGUUCUGAGUUUGAAUGCGCCAGACUGUGACCCAGAAGAACCUCGUGGUCCUCCAUAAAUCGUCUGAAGGGAGUGCCUUAAAACUGCUGCAAUCUUUCACACCGCCAGCAGGGGGAGUGGCAAUGUGCUUGUAGCCCCACCUCCUUUUGGCCCACCUUAGUAGUUCUCUUCUUGUAGACAGACCCGUGACAUGCCAAGCACUGGCUUACACUUCACAGAAUUAAAGCAAAUAAAGCAUUUUUAAUAA